CAAAAUAUCCCAAUGUCUUACGCUCCUGUAUCAAAGCCUACCAGCCGUCUCGCUCGCUAUCGUGCUCUUUCGCCCAAGGCUUCCGUCCAUGUCUCCCCCAUUCAGCUUGGCGCGAUGAGUAUCGGUGACAAGUGGGCUACUCAGGGCAUGGGUAACAUGGACAAGGAGUCAUCGUUCAAGCUCCUCGAUGCGUACUACGACGCCGGCGGGAACUUCAUUGACACCGCCAAUGCCUAUCAAGACCAGUCCAGCGAACAGUUCAUUGGCGAAUGGACUGAACAGCGUAGUAACAGGGAUCAGCUCAUUAUUGCUACGAAGUACACCAUGAACCCAACGCUCAAAGAUGACAGCGUCAAACAGAAGGUCUCGUUCGGUGGUAACAAUCUCAAGUCGCUCUAUAACAGCGUUAAGAACAGUCUGAAGAACCUUCGGACGGACUACAUUGACAUCUUGUAUGUUCAUUUCUGGGACUAUGAGACGUCGAUUGAGGAGGUCAUGGAUGGUCUUCAUGCUCUUGUUCUACAAGGAAAAGUGUUAUACCUGGGAGUCUCCGAUACGCCUGCCUGGAUCGUUUCACAGGCAAACCAGUACGCCAGAGACCACGGUAAAACCCAGUUUGUCAUCUACCAGGGAGCGUGGAACAUCUUAGACCGUUCCUUUGAACGAGAGAUUAUCCCAAUGGCCCGCGCUCAAGGAAUGGCUCUAGCACCUUAUUGGGUGCUGGCUACAGGGCGGCUGCGCUCAGACGCAGACGAAGAACAGCGCCGUAAAACUGGGGAGCACGGCCGCACGGCCUUUGGUUUAAAGUGGGAGCGCAGCGAGACCGAGAAGCGAGUGGUCACAGCACUCGAGAAGGUAGCCAGUGACGUUGGGGCGAAGCACCACACCUCUGUGGCCAUCGCGUACGUGAUGCAAAAGGCACCGUAUGUCUUCCCGAUCAUUGGGGGUCGCAAGGUCGAGCAUCUUGAAGCGAACCUCGAGGCGCUGAGUAUCAAGCUCAAGCCAGAGCAUUUCAAAGAGCUUGAGAGUGCCGUUCCGUUCGAGCCCGGGUUCCCGUACACGACUUUCGGCAAUUACGACGAGUUGAGCUUGGGUAUUGCACGGCUCUCGGGUUACAUCGAGUAUCAUCCUCGUGCUGAUCCCAUUAGCCCCAAUGACGAAUAAGUUCGUCGAACCCACGAACUAUUCUCUGAUAUUACCAAUGAUGAAAUGUACAGAUAUGUUUUAUCCCGUAACCUCGUCCAUUUUCCAAUGAAU